AUGCGACGAGCGGGCUUACUGAAAGCGCUCGUUGGCGUCGGCGCGCUUGUCACAUUACCGGAAACCGCCGGCGCCCAAGGUGCCACGAAGAUUCAUGAAAAGGGCCGUUGUGCCAUACGAGGCCACUGCGGAAAGCAAUCGUUCUUCGGCGGCGAACUUCCCUGUCCUGAUAACGGGCUAGCUCGUGAGCCAGAGGAUGAGGUCCGCCAGAAACUGGUGGGCCUUUGCGGUCCGAAGUGGAACGAGGGUCCCGUUUGCUGUCUCGAGGAACAGAUCGAUGCACUGUCUAGUAAUUUAAAGCUAGCCGAAGGCAUUAUUGCCUCGUGUCCUGCUUGCCGACACAACUUCUUUGAUAUAUUCUGUACCUUUACAUGUUCCCCAGACCAGUCGCUCUUUGUCAACGUUACGCAGACCGAAGAGAAUCGCUCUGGUAAGACACUGGUCACCGAGAUCACGAACAUCUGGUCUGAAGAAUAUCAGAGUGGCUUCUAUGACAGCUGCAAAAAUGUGAAAAAUGGCGCUUCUGGCGGAAAGGCCAUUGAUUUCAUUGGAGGUGGCGCCAAGAAUUACUCGCAAUUCCUGAAAUUCUUAGGAGACAAGAAAUUCCUCGGAAGUCCGUUCCAGAUCAAUUAUCGCACGACACCCAGUGGUCCCGGUUCUAGAAGCAUGAAACCACUCCCGAUGCUACCAAAGGCCUGCAAUGAUCCAGACAAGGCAUAUCGAUGCUCGUGUGUUGAUUGUCCGGAGGUCUGUCCAGAGCUGCCUGCCGUGUCCACUCAAGAUUUCUGCCACGUCGGACUACUGCCAUGUCUAUCAUUUGCAGUCAUUGUUAUCUACUCUGUAUUUCUUCUUCUGGUGAUGGGUGUCGCAAGUUACGUAACCGUCAGAGAACGUCGUUUCCGCAAACCGGAGCGUGUGCGUCUCCUUCAAGAUCCAACGCCAAGCGACGACGAGGACGAAGGAGAAAUGGUUCAUCGUGCAGGAUACUUUGAGCAGCCACAAGGAAUCUACAAGCCCAACUCGGUUUUGUCAUCACUGUUCAGCCGCAUUGGAGGAGCCUGUGCCCGUUUUCCCGCAAUCACGAUUGGUACCAGUUUCAUAUUUGUAAUCUUGCUGAGCGUGGGCUGGCUACGAUUCGCAAUUGAAACGGACCCGGUGCGCUUGUGGGUUAGUCCGUCGUCUCCAGCUGCGCAAGAAAAGGUCUUCUUCGACGAGAAUUUCGGUCCAUUUUUCAGAGCGGAACAAGCAUUCUUGGUGAACGAAAGCGGCCCUGUUUUGGAAUACGAUACUCUCGCCUGGUGGUUUGACGUGGAGUCCCGCAUUCGACACAUGAUGUCGUCCGACAAGGGUCUUGGCUUGGACGACGUUUGUUUUAGACCCACCGGAGAUGCUUGUGUGGUUCAGUCUUUGACCGGAUACUUUGGUAGCUCCUUCUCGAAUCUUGACCCAAACACAUGGCGAGAUAGAAUUCGUCAUUGUACCGAGUCACCUGGUGACCCUAGUUGCCUCCCCGAUUUCCAACAGCCGUUGAGACCGGAGAUGAUCCUGGGUGGCUAUGAAAGCACCGGAGAUGUACUGGACGCAAAAGCAUUAGUCGUCACCUGGGUUGUCAACAAUUUCGCCCAGGGCACGGCAGAUGAAGAGAAGGCGGUCGACUGGGAGAACAGUUUCAAGCGCGCGAUGGAGUCUGUGCAAGAAGAAGCUGCUGAACGUGGUCUUCGUGUCUCGUUCAAUGCUGAAGUGAGCUUGGAACAGGAGCUCAACAAGUCCACGAAUACAGAUGCCAAAAUCGUUGUCAUCAGCUACAUCAUCAUGUUUGUCUACGCCUCCUUGGCAUUAGGAUCUGUGACUGUGACAUGGCGGUCUCUUCUCAGAAACCCAGCCAAUGCUCUUGUGCAGUCAAAAUUCACCCUUGGAAUUGUGGGCAUCUUGAUUGUCUUAAUGUCCGUCUCUGCUUCGGUGGGACUAUUCUCAGCUGCCGGUGUCAAAGUCACUUUGAUCAUUGCAGAGGUCAUCCCUUUCCUGGUUUUGGCAGUUGGCGUCGACAAUAUCUUCCUGAUCGUUCACGAAUUCGAGCGUGUGAACUUUAGUCACCCGGACGCAGAGAUCGAUGAACGAGUCGCUCGGGCAGUUGGGCGGAUUGGACCCAGCGUCUUCCUAUCAGCCUUGACCGAGACUGUUGCCUUCUCACUAGGUGCAUUCGUUGGGAUGCCUGCUGUAAAGAAUUUCGCGGCGUAUGCAGCGGGCGCGGUUUUCGUCAAUGCAAUCUUACAAGUGACCAUGUUCAUUUCAGUUCUAGCUCUCAACCAGCGACGAGUUGAGAGUUUGCGUGCAGACUGCUUCCCCUGUUUGACUGUUCAAAAGGCAAACUCCUUUGGUCUGCCGGAGGACCAAGUCUUCGAUGAUCACGAGGCCGAAAGCUCCUUGCAAAGCUUUAUCCGUUGCAUCUACGCUCCUUUUAUCUUGGACCGCCGCGUGAAGGCGACCAUUGUCAUUGCUUUCCUGGGACUUCUGACGGCAGGUAUAGCCUUGAUCCCGGAGGUUGCUCUUGGUCUAGACCAGCGGUUCGCACUCCCUAGUGAUUCGUAUCUGAUUCCCUAUUUUGACGACCUUGAUUCAUACUUUCGAACCGGUCCGCCUGUCUACUUUGUGACUCGUAAUGUCAAUGUCACCGAGCGAAUUCAUCAGCAACAACUCUGCGGUCGUUUCACAUCAUGCGAAGAAUUCUCUCUUCCAUUCAUCCUGGAGCAGGAAUCCAGGCGACCAAAUGUAUCUUACUUGUCUGGCUCUGCAGCCAGCUGGGUGGACGACUUUUUCUACUGGCUCAAUCCCCAACAAGAUUGCUGCAAAGAGAACGACAAGAUUUGCUUCGAAGAUCGCAUUCCACCUUGGAAUAUCACUCUUCAUGGAAUGCCAACCGGACCCGAGUUCAUUCAUUACGCAGAGAAGUGGCUCAAUGCUCCAACGGACGCUUCAUGUCCUCUCGGGGGUAAGGCGCCUUAUAGCUCUGCAGUGGUAAUCGACAAGGCAAGCUCCAUGGUCAAUGCCAGCCAUUUUCGAACCAGUCAUACUCCUUUGCGGAACCAACGCGAUUUCAUCCAAUCUUAUAUUGCAGCUCGCCGCAUUGCUAAUGACAUCUCUCGAGAGCACAAAAUCGACGUGUUCCCUUACUCCAAAUUUUAUAUCUUCUUCGAUCAAUAUACCUCCAUAGUUCAACUGACGGGGACCCUGCUGGGAUCAGCCGUUGCUAUCAUUUUUGUUCUGACCUCCACCAUUCUCGGGUCCGUCGCCACAGGUGCCGUCAUUACCACAACUGUUGUGAUGACUGUUGUUGAUAUCAUUGGCACCAUGGCCAUUGCCGGAGUCUCUCUAAACGCUGUUUCACUUGUCAAUUUGGUGAUCUGUGUCGGAAUCAGUGUCGAAUUUUGCGCUCACAUCGCUCGCGCGUUCAUGUUCCCUCCGCAGACAUUGCUUGAAAAGGCACCUGCCAAAUUUCGUGGAAAGGAUGCACGCGCCUGGGCAGCACUUGUCAAUGUAGGCGGCAGUGUCUUCACCGGCAUUACCAUGACAAAGCUUCUUGGUGUCUGUGUUCUGGCUUUCACCCGAAGCAAGAUCUUCGAGAUCUAUUAUUUCCGCGUGUGGUUAGCUUUGGUCAUCUUUGCUGCCGCACACGCGCUUAUCUUCCUGCCAGUGGCGCUAAGCUACUUUGGUGGAGCUGGAUAUCUCGAUCCUGCUGCCGAUGGUGGCCUCGAGGCAAAUCUUGCUUCCCGAAGCUAUCGUUCCUUACUGGUCGAUGAUGGCUACGACUCUGAUGAAUACUGA